ACCAAAAUUCUGUAGAAUAAAGUAUAUUGAAAAUCUUGUUGAGUUUUAUGUUAAUUUUUAUCCCUCUAGUGUAGUGUUAACACUUCCUUUAAAGACUACAUAAGAAAUAAAUAAAUUUUAUAUAAUAUCAACGCAAAAUUUAGUUCAUAUACAAAAAAAACAAAGUAGGACCUUAUGUUUGUAAAUUAUUACUUUUUAAUAAUACAUCAUUGACAGUACAUAUAGAUGAUUUAUUUGCAUAACAAUUGUUUUGCAUACCUUGAAGGAAUAUUUUAUAUUGAGUGAAGAUUAAUAUUAAGUUUACUAUCCAAAGAGUAAUGGGUUAAAAAUGAAGCUUUACAAGUUAAUAGUACAUCAAAAGACCUUUAGUGAAGAAGAUUUAAUAAUUAAUCCAAAAGAUCAUCCUGGAAUAAAGACUGGAGAUGUUGUUGAAAUUUAUCAGCCAGAAGUUGAAUUUAGCCGGCUUCUUCUUCAAGUCACCUCCUUCAAAGAAGAUUUACAAGGACGUGAAACAAUUAGUGUAGAAAAUAAUGUAGCAACAAUGUUUCAACUGAGAACAUUUGGAGAUGUUUAUAUGAAUGUUGUAAAUCCAGAUGAUGUAGCCUUGGAUUCUGUUGAACUUACCUUCAAAGAUCAAUAUCUAGGCCGUAGUGAAAUGUGGAGACUCAAAAACAGCUUGGUUAACACUUGUGUAUAUAUGAACAAAAAGAUUGAAUUUUGUGGAGGCUGCAUAAGAUGUCAGGUAUAUGAAAUGUGGUCACAGGGUGAUAGAGUUGCUUGUGGUGUUAUAACCAAUGAUACUAAGGUUGUAUUUCGUUCUUCAACUAGCAUGGUCUACCUUUUUAUUCAAAUGAGUUCUGAAAUGUGGGAUUUUGACAUUCAUGGUGAUUUAUAUUUUGAAAAAGCUGUUAAUGGAUUUUUAGCUGACUUGUUUCAAAAAUGGAAAAAGAAUGGCAGCAAUCAUGAAGUAACAAUAGUUCUAUUCUCAAGGACAUUUUAUAAUGCCAUCAAUUUGGAAGAAUUUCCAAACCAUAUGCGCGAAUGUUUACAACAUGAUUAUAGGGGAAGAUUUUAUGAAGAUUUCUAUAGAGUAGUUGUACAAAAUGAAAGAUUUGAAGAUUGGAGUAAUGUGUUGGUACAGUUAAGAAAACUAUUCACAGACUAUCAAAAGAUUGUAUUAGAAUAUCAUCAAAAACCGGGCGUUACUAUACCAAAAGCAGUGAAUUCAACAGCUGCACAAGGCAAUUUUUUAGAAGUUUUAAACAUGUCCUUAAAUGUGUUUGAGAAACAUUAUUUAGAUCGUAGUUUUGAUAGAACUGGUCAAUUAUCAGUAGUAAUUACACCUGGUGUAGGUGUAUUUGAAGUUGACAGAGAACUAACAAAUGUUACAAAACAAAGAAUUAUUGAUAAUGGUGUUGGUAGUGAUUUAGUGUGUGUUGGAGAACAGCCAUUACACGCAGUUCCUUUAUUAAAGUUUCAUAAUAAGGAUACAUCCAUCAAUGCACCUGAUGAUUAUAGUAUGCCACAUUGGAUAAACCUUAGCUUUUAUUCAACAAACAAAAAAAUUCCUUAUUCAACAUUUAUACCUCGUAUAAAACUUCCGCAAAGGGUAUCAAAACAACCAGUGGAAAACGGCAAAUUACAAUGUAAAAAUAAACUAUUACAAGAAGAUCCAAGAGAAUGUCUGCACAAUACCCUAUUUGACUAUGAUGCAUAUGAUGCACAAGUUUUUCAAUUACCUUCAGUUCAUACCUCGAGUUUGCAACGGGUUACAACAAGAACCAAAAAGACGAGUGUUGCAAGUAUGGAGACACACAAUACCGUGCAUAUGUUAAAACUAAAGAGAAAAAUGUCAGAUCCUGACAUUCAUCAUCCACCGCCUGAAUCACAUUCACCUCCAACUACAACAAGGAGUGCGGCAAUCUCAAUACCUCACAGAACAGAUAAUAUCAGUGAAUCUAAUGGAGAAAUUAAUGAAUCAAGGACGUCGGUGAAAAGUGAUUUAACAGAUUCUGAAAUAUCUCCACCAUUCAGGCCAGUUGUUGGGAGUGCCGGAAGUCCAACAAAUACAAUAUCACAACCAACAAGUAUUAGACCUAGUAGAGCACUUAUCAAUCCUUUUGAUCCGUCUCAUGUUACAAUUAAACUGACUAGUAACAGACGAAGAUGGACACAUAUUUUCCCUAAAGGACCAACAGGUGUGCUUAUACAGCAACAUCAUUAUCAGGCUGUACCAACACAAAUGUGUGCAGGUUCACAAUCCGAUGCCACUUCCACUUUAAGCGGAUCUCCCUUGGAACAUAAUGAUAUCUCUAAUUCAAAUCACUUUCAAGAUCACACAAAAGGUAAACCCCAGAGGUUAAAUCUUUCAUUAUCGAGCGGUGAUAAGAGCGGACAUCCAAUAUCUUCUACCGGGAAUAAGUCAUUGACAUUAUUAUGGGGUGCUACUGGUGAACAAGAAUGGACACCAGCACUUACAACAGGCGUAGAUUGGAAGUCGUUGACAAUUCCAGCAUGUUUGCCCAUUACCACAGAUUACUUCCCAGAUAAAAGAAGUCUGCAGAACGAUUAUGUUGUAUCAGAUUAUAAUCUUCUACCUGAUGAUGUUAACACAGAUUUCGCACAACAACGAGCGAUAUAUAAAAAGCCUUUAACAACUGCGGAAGUGUUUAAAGAGCUUGUGUCGCAACGAUUAGCACAGGGUUUUCAAUUAAUUAUCUUGCCGCAAAAUAAUAAAAAUCAAAGCAAUACACCAGGUAGUAAUGCUAUCCCAGCAAUAAGUUCUGUUAUGCGGGGGCGGCAAAUAGAAUCAGAACCCAAAGAGGAAUAUUUGUUAAGCAUUGGUAGGAUAUUUCAUAAAAUAUCUUUGUUUGACAAUUGUAUAACGGUUACUAGAUAUCGUCCAAGGCAUCCUUAUCCUCCAUUCAAUAUUCAUUAUCUGUACCGAUUUCAUGCACCCCAUCAUGACACGUAUGAAGUUUCUUGGGUAUCUUUUACAACGGAAAAACUUGAAAAUUAUAAUUGGAAUUAUUUAGAUCAUUACAUUUGCACUAGAGGUCAUACUGAUUUUUUUUUAGUAGAGGCACUUAAAUAUUGGAGAUUUCGAGUUUUUCUACUACCCUUACAUAAUUCAGCAACUCGAAAAUUUUUAGAGGGAUCAUCGAGAUGUGACAUAUACACACCUCUCACUACUUCCGAACAAGUUUCCUUUAUGGACGGGUUUCUGCGUUUCAUCGAAUUAUGGCCAAAUAAAAUACGACGUCCGAAUCCAAACAAAAAUUGGAAUCCUUCAACUCUAGGUGGUGUUCCUCAGAGAGAUUCCGCCUCUCACUUGACCAGACGCAGGCACAGCACGAGCCUGAUUUUCCUCACUAACCAGACCAGUCUAGUUGGCAGUUCUCCCUUCAGGGAGAGACUUGGAAGCAAUCGCCUACCAGAGAAACCAAGACCAAGGUCAGGUUCUAAGGUGAUGGAUAGAGGUAGAGUCUCACCAGCGAGUGAAGCUGUCCUACCCCUUUCACUCGAGCAACAACAAGAUCAUUUUGACUCUAAUGAAGACAGUGCAAAUAUGGAACUGACAAAAUUGAAGAACACCGCGCCAAAUACUGAAAUUCUAGAGGCAAUGAAACAUCCGCAAACUGGUGUAGGAUUUCUCACACACCACCCAUCUCUACCGAGUCAAACAUUUGUUAGCGCUGACGCGGUACAAUGGUUAAAUAAUCACAUAGAGGGAGGAGUAACGGUAGAAGGUGCUAUUAACAUCAUGAAUGGCAUGAUACAAGACAAAUUAAUAUGCCAUGCAUCCGGUGAUUUUUCCAAACCGUUUAUUUUAGGAUUUUACUUGUAUCACAUAGUACAAGAUAAAGAAAACCAAAGAGGAGAUUACUUUUCGCCUUUGGGUGAUUUGCAAAGUUUCGAAAACGAGUGGGUGGAGGUCGAAAUUAAAGCGCCAAAAGGGUGGUGUGAGCCUACUUCCCCAGGAACACUUCCAUCAGUAACAUCUCCGAUGACUAUACCUAGCUGCGAUACCGUUGACGAAUCAAAUGUACCAUCAUUUCUCAAGGAUGAUUUAGACUUACUAAGUUUCGAGGAUGACAGAGAUUGGCAAAUUCCAUCAUAUAAGCAUACUCAUUUAGACAUUGACAUAAAUAAUAGAAGCGAUAGAAUUGAAUGGGGUCAUUUAAGGUAUCAGUCUAUAUACAAAGUGGAUCAUUCGUAUGAACUUGUGGUACAAUGGGUAGCAUCGUCUGGUAGCAUAGUUGCUGAUCUCAUAUUUGUGUGGCAACGUAAAGCCCAAAUGUGUGGAAUUCAAAUGGUACCUAUCCCUAGUGAUCUGUUAGCACUACCGUUCACUUUGAAAAGUGAUCCUUUAAGGGGGCCUAUUUUUAUACCACUAAACACGGAGUGUCUUUUGGAAAACAAACAACAUGUCUUUGAAGAAUUUCAAGAAGACACGCACGCACAAAGACUUUACCUACUUCAAGAAGCAAUUGUACAAAGAUUUGGCUUUGUUCCUUGCUUGAUAGAAAGUACAGAGAACGACCAUCAGUAUGUUCAUAUGACUGGCAAUGCAUUUAUACUGAUUCCUUCUACAUCAAAUACAAAAUCACGUCCACGAACUGCUACAAAUAUUGUAAGACGAAAUACAGGACAGAAAGGAUAUCCGAUUCAUUCUGAACAGCCUAGUCCCCAUGAAGCUUAUAUUACAAGGCACGUCAGUGGGAAAAAUAAAGAUGAUUACAGUAAGGAUAAAAGGAUUGGAUUUCUUUGGUCAUGGAAUCAUAUGGUUAGUCGAAAAUGGAAAUCGUCAUCUACCUUAGCCGGUGACGAAUUAUUUCAGAAGAAACUCAUUCAGGAUUUUAGACACUUUUGUUCAAACGGGGAUAAUAGACUGAGACAGUUUUGGGAAUCUUGUUGGGAAAUAAAAGAAAAAUCCUGCACAAAAACAUCAUAAGGUAUCAGAAUAAAAAAUAUCAUAAUAUAUAGCGUAUUGUUUUAUAAGCUUGUAGUUUAAUUACCACAAUCACGAAAUUUAAUUUCGCCAUAAUUAAAAAAUUAGUACCUCGUUUUUUACGGUUAAAGAAUCAUUUUAAAUGUAAUAUGUACUUGUGAUACGAUUAUUAUUAUGAUAACGAAAGUAUGUACAAAUUAAAAAUAUUUUCUAAUGCUUGAAAGAUAUGAUGUAAAUGGAUUUAAAAAGCAAUGUUUGUAAUAUAUAUUUCGAGUUUACUUAGUUUGCAUAAGACGUAUAUUGUUUUUACGAAACUAGAAAUAAUAAAUUUAUAAUUUUUGUUACGAAUACGUGUAUUUAUAAAUUUACGAUAAAAAAGAAGGAAUGAAGUUAUAUUAAAGAAGGUUUGCUGAUUAAUCUAAAAAAAAAUCUUAAACGUGUUUCAAACGAAAAAUAUUGACAAAUUUUUGCACACAUAAAUAUGCAAUGUCAACUUCUAUAUUUGAUGUCACGAGAGUCCAUAACUAACAAUAAGACGCUCAGGUUGGAAGAUGGUGGGGGAACGCAGCGAGCUCUCCGCCAAUCGCUUUUCACUUCCUCUGGAAGUA